UUUAUGGGUGUGUAACCACGAGAAGUGGAAUCGUGUUGUUCUUUGUUAAAAACAUUGAUCGAGAAAAACGUAAACAUUCCAAAAUUUAAAGCGACAUGAGUCCAGUCAAAAGGAUUGCUUGUAUAGGAGCUGGAUAUGUCGGUGGACCCACGUGUAGUAUUAUCGCUCAAAAAUGCCCUCAUAUACAAGUUCAUGUAGUUGAUCUUAGCCAGUCUCGCAUAGACGCCUGGAAUUCCAAAGAGCUUCCAAUAUACGAGCCUGGACUGGAAGAUGUUGUUUUGGAAUGCAGAGGAAGAAAUUUAUUUUUUUCUACAAAUAUUGAUAAAGCAAUACAGGAAGCAGAUCUAAUAUUUAUUUCUGUAAAUACUCCUACAAAAACAUAUGGUUUGGGAAGAGGAAGAGCUCCUGACUUGAAAUAUAUAGAAAGUGCAGCCCGCAAUAUUGCAAAUGUAGCAUCAGGGAACAAGAUUAUUGUUGAAAAAAGUACAGUCCCAGUAAAAGCUGCUGAGAGUGUUCAGCGUAUCUUAUGUUCUAAUCAAAAGCAUGAUGUUAAAUUCCAGGUGCUCUCGAAUCCAGAGUUUUUGGCAGAAGGCACUGCUAUAAGAGAUCUGCUAAAUCCAGACAGAGUUUUAAUAGGUGGAGAGGAAACAAAAGAAGGUAGAGCUGCAAUCGAUGCCCUUGCUGAAAUCUAUGAGAAUUGGUUGCCGAAAGAUAAAAUUAUCAAGUUAAACACUUGGUCGUCUGAAUUAUCAAAAUUGGCAGCCAAUGCAUUUCUUGCACAACGCAUAUCAAGUAUCAAUGCAAUCAGUGCAAUAUGUGAAGCUACAGGUGCAGAUGUUGACGAGGUCUCCUUCGCAGUUGGUAGAGAUUCAAGAAUUGGAAGUAAAUUCUUGAAGGCAAGCGUGGGUUUUGGUGGAAGUUGUUUUCAAAAGGAUGUCCUCAACCUAGUUUAUUUGGCUGAAGCUCUCCAUCUACCAGAAGUUGCAGCAUAUUGGCAUCAAGUUGUCGCAAUGAAUGAGUAUCAGCGCAAACGGUUUACCAAUCGGAUCAUCAACUGUUUAUUUAAUACUGUUACCGGAAAGAAGAUUUCUCUCCUUGGGUUUGCUUUUAAGAAGAACACUGGCGAUACUAGGGAAUCUGCCAGUAUCUACAUUGCAAAGUAUCUGGUUGAUGAAGGUGCAAAUGUGGCAAUUUAUGAUCCUAAAGUUACAAAGGAACAAAUCAUGAUUGAAUUGACAGAGCCAGAAUUGGGACUUGAUCCAGAGAGAGUGGAGAAACUUGUGAAGAUUUAUGAAGAUGCUUACACAUGCAUUGAUGGCUCACAUGCGCUUGUUGUGUGUACUGAGUGGGAUGAAUUCAAGACUCUCGACUACGAAUUGAUAUACAAGAGGAUGUUGAAGCCAGCGUUUGCAUUUGACGGAAGACUGAUCUUGGAUCACAAGCGUCUUCACGAUAUCGGCUUUCAAGUCGAAGUUGUUGGAAAAGUUAUUUCCAAAGGUUACCCUUUACCGUUAACACCCACGCUAGCUCCCUCGUCAACAUUUUUACCUCCUUGUAAGUCGACAAAAUGAUUGUUUUUCUUCUCAAAAUGAAGUAUUAUGAAUAUGGAGAUAACUAAGUUUUAUUAUGUUUAUGUACGAUUACGUACGAUUAUUAUGUACGAUGGAGAAGAAAAUAUUUUUAGGUAGACAGAGAGUAGAAAAUAUAAAAAAAUUAGAAGGAAUAUAACAACGGUUGCAUUCAGCUUUGUUUUAAACGUAUUUAGAAUUUUUAUAGCGAAACACACGUUAUUUCAUAAACAACAUCUUAAGGCUCAUUUUCUUUAAAAACAAAGCGACUUGUAACAGCCAACCUGAAGCGAGUAAAUAAAAGAAAUAAACAACAAAAAAUAUAAUUGUAGAAAUAGAUUUAUAGACUUUCCUUGUUGUAAAAGUGCUUUAAGUUUCGUGCAAAAAGCUUGUUCAAAACAGCAAGACAACACGUGGUAAGAAGUAAACAACAGUUAAGGAUGUAAAAUACAGAACAUAAGCAAUAUUAAGCCUCAGCCGAAAUCUUGUGUUGCUUUUAUAAACGAGUGUGUAUGUUGUUUUUGUGUACAAGAUGUUGAUACAAAUGAUUGUGAAUAUCUUUAACAUUACUUUGUUUGUGACAGAGUUUCUACAAGUGUCCAGUCUUUUUAAAUCUCUCUCAUUUUAAUUUUUAUUUUCACUCUAAACUUCUAUUUGUUUCUAGCAAUAUUAUUUUUAUUUUUCAUCAUAAUAAAUCUAUGUUUUUUAGGUACAAGGGUUAUAAUUUUUUACUCAACAGUAAAUUUUACGCAGCACAGUAUUUAAUAGUCCCCAUCCCUUUAAUUUUUACUUCCGACAAAUCAUUGACAAUUGUACGGUUUUCAUUAUUGCACAACGAGUACAAAAAUGUUCGGAAAAAAGUCGAGAGCAAUUGAUCGAAGCUAAAAGGGUAGGACUAGAUCGAAGGCAGAACUAAGCAAGAAACAUGGAAAUUUUUUUACUCGUAAGUUUAAUUAAAAUGUUUCAGAUAUUACCUAGGAAAUGUCUCGCUAUGGACUACUGUGAUAACGUUUUUUUUCUUUUUCUUUUGGAACAUAAAUUAGUGUAGGCUACUUUUCAUAGAUUUUUUAAUUUGUUAGUAAAUUUCUGAUGACUAGGCAAAAAUAUUUAUUUAUUAAAAAUAUGUAUUUUAUUGGAAUAUUUAUAGUAUUAAAUUUAAAAGGAAUAUAUUUUUAGUAGUAUAAGUUAUAUUGGUAUUUUUAUGUAAUUAUUUAGUUCAUUAAAUCUACAGAGUGUGGAACUUUGAAAACUGAAAUCAGACUAGAAGACCUUAUGUACAUUAAAUAUUCAUUAUUUUGUUGAGAAAAACCUUAAAAAGUUUGAAA